AUGUCAACAAAUAAAAUCAUAGCACCUCAAAUAGAGGAAUUUGGCCUGCGCUCAUAUGAUACAACACCACUGUCUGGUCUCGGAUACAUAGAAGUAAAAAUUGAAGAAAAAAAAAUUCAAGCGCAACACAUUUUAUUUGUAGUACAAAACGGAAGUAAUCUUGGAAUAGGAAGAAAUUGGUUAAUUGUAUUUGGGAUGUGGCCUUUAAAUUUCGCGAAAUCUGAUAACUCAAAAAUCAAUGCGAUUAACAAAAACGACGAAAUGGAAGUAGAGAAAGUUUGUGAAGAAUAUUAUAAUGUAUUCGAGCCAGGCAUAAGCAAGUUCACCAAAGGAGAAUUAACUCUUAAAUUAAAAGUUGAUACCAAACUGGUUUUCCGUCAAACUAGGCAUCCAGCUAUAGCCUUACGUCCAAGAAUAGAAUUUGAAAUAGAGAGAUUGAAGAGUUUACAAAUAUUAUCUCCAAUCGAAUAUAGUGAGUGA